UCAGGUUCAAAAGUAAAAAAGAAAAUAUUGUAGUUUGGCGGGAGUGAAUAAUAGCAGAGUAUAAAUAUAUGGACAAUUGAGCAUUUCCUUGUAGUGUAAGCUUGGAUCCAAAUUAGGGUUUUAUUGUACGAUGCUCAAAGGUCGAGAAAGCUUAAUCAGAUUAAUCGGUCGCCGUCGCCGUCAUCGCCGUCACUCUCUUCUCACCUCUACUCAGGGACUUGAAAUUGCUCCUAAGGAAGAUAAGGAUGAGGUAAGCACUGUUAAUGGAAAUGGAAAUGAAGGUGAAGAAAUGGUUGAUUGUCCUGUAUGUCGAAAGAAGGUUCGAGGCGAGAUUAACUCUCAUUUAGAUAAGUGCCUUGCUAGAGGAACUAAACGAAAAUUGAGUCAGUGCACCCUUUUCCAGUUGAAAUUCUGCACACGACCUAAAGUAACAGUCUCAUCAGUCGAGUCAAACUUUACAAGGACCGACGUUGGUCCGAGAGCCGGUGAUGGUAAUAUCUGUGAUCUGGCUUCUGAAAUUAGCAGCUCAGAUGGUCCCGAAAAUAAUGUACAAGAUGAGUCCAAUUCAUCAUCAGUCUCACUUACUUUGACAACCAACAGAUCCAAAAUUUGUACAGGAGAGAGUAGUGUUUGUAAUGGGGUUAAUAGAAUGGAAAACUUAGAUGGUCUCGUCAAAUUCGAUGAUGAAUGCAAACUUCUGUCUGGUGCAAAGUCCACAAUUUCUAGGCUAGAGGAUUGUCCUCACCACCAAAUAAGUGAUGAUAGAAUUGACAACAUCACACACUCACCUUUGUCACCUUCUGAAAACGGGACGUCUAAAUGUGUGGAACCUUUGGAAGAUGAUGAUAACUCUAAGAUUUUGCUGGAUACUUUCAUUGUUGGCCGUAAGUUUGGUGAUGACAUAGAGUUAACUAUUGGAGCAAUGGUAAUGCUGUCAAGGGAUUCCCAGAAUGUCAAGGAUCCGAAUGCAAUCAAGGUUCUGACGGAAGAUACUGGUCAGAGUAAAGAGCUAGGUUUCAUUCCCAGGGAAUUGGCACAGUAUUUAUCUCCAUUGAUAGACAAGUUCCAGCUGAUGUUUGAGGGACAUAUAACUUCUAUUCCACAGCAUCCUCGUGCAGUUGUCCCAAUUCAGAUGUAUUCCUCUAGCAUUGGGUCUUUUGACGAAAAGGACUCCUCUAGUUUCCAAGAAUUCAAUUCCUUUCGAAGAAAUGCUCUAUGUGCUGCUGAAUUCUCCAAGACUCACCCUCCUAUCCCUGCAAAAUACCAGCAUAACCUUCUACUUUUACUAAAAGAGGUUUUGGAGAGCAAUGCACACCUUUUCACUGAAGGCGAGAAGACCUUAUUGAAAUCUUUUUUAUCACUCUCAGAUGAUAGUCAAAGGCUCUUUGCUCGGCUUUAUGCACGUAAAGGUCCAUGGUUUCGGAUGGCUAGCAUAUCAUAUGCCGAAAUAUGUGAUUAUGAAGAAGCUGUUAAGGGGCUUUCUGGUAGACACAUUGUAUUACAUUGUGAAGCAGAAUGUGUUUCUUUAUUCGAAUCAAUUGAUAAACUACAAAUUGAUGACUUAAAGGAGGUUUUGAAUGUUCUUAAUGUUGGUGAACUACGGGACCUUGUCUGUAGUCUUAACAAGUCACAUAAGAAGAUCGCCCAAAAUUCUGAUCAUGGUACAAGAAAGCAAGAUUAUGUUGCUCGGGUUCUUGGUGCAUAUGAAAGUGGUUUAUGCCCCAACCUUCCAAGUAUGAUUCUAGGGAAAACUGGAAGUUGUGUCCGGAUAUCUGCAUCAGCUGAAUCUGUCUUUUGGCGUGCCGAGAGGCUAUUUUUUCUGAAUGGAGAGCAAGACCUGUCGGCAUUUUUACUUGUCGACUUGGGCAUUGUGAAAUAUCCUGCUUACAACUGCAUAUUCACGGACCAAAUUUUUCCAGACAGAAGUGACCUAUUGUCUUAUGAGGAGGCCAUUGAGGUUGCACAAGGUAUGGAUGAGUCUCUUGACGAGAACAACAAUGAGUUGGUAUCAAGAUGCAUUGAGAUUUCUGCCUCUCACGUAUCUAGCUUUGUGGAGGAAGAUAGAUCAUCAGAUUCUGGGUCGAUGGCUGCAUUUCUAUCUUGCUUUUCAGCCAGUUGGGUCUAUUCUAAGGUGAUCCUGUUGGGUGUUUCUUUCCUGGAGCAUGAACGGAGGUAUAAAGAUGCAAUCGAUUUGCUUAAGCUGCUGCUAGUUAAAUUUAAAUCUGAUCGAAGAAGGGGAUAUUGGACUCUGAGGCUCUCAGUUGAUUUGGAGCAUGUUGGGUGGCUUGAUGAGAGUCUUGAAGUAGCUGAAAAGGGGUUGCUAGAUCCUUGGGUUCGUGCUGGCUCUAUAGUGGCUCUACAGAGGCGGGUUCUGCGGUUGGGGAAGCCCCCUAGACGUUGGAAAACUCCCAGUUUUUUGGAUUCCGUCAAUAGGAAGAUAGUGGAGGUUCAUGUUCAGGGCAGACCGGUCAACUGCAAAACAGGGGUGAAGAAUGUCUUUUAUGGUGAGGAUGGUGAACGUUGUGGAGUAGAAGAGCUUGCUCUAGAGUAUUAUGCUGGAGAAGGAGGAUGCUGGCAGGGGGUUCACACUGAGAGUGGGAUUUGGUUGACUAUUUUCGGGCUCCUAAUGUGGGACGUUGUAUUUGCGGAUGUACCAAAUGUCUUCCGCACCAAAUUUCAGACUGCACCUUUGGAUCUGGAAACUGAUAGCUUUUAUGAAGUCAGAAGGGGUCUUGUAGAAGCUCUUCUAGAUAAGAUUGAGCAUGGCAUGGCGGAAGAGUUACUUAUCAUGUCAUGGGAAUCACACGUGGGAACAGCCUGUAGGGGAGUCAACUGGGACAAGCAUUCCCUUUCUGAGCUCCGAGCAGCUGUUACAUGCAUCGGGGGUCCUUGUCUUGCGUCAAUCUGUCGGAAUUUGGCUCAAGAUUACAGGAGCUGGUCAAGUGGAAUGCCUGACUUAUUGCUGUGGCGCUUCCAUGACGACUACAGAGGUGAAGCAAAGCUCGUUGAAGUGAAAGGUCCCAGAGACAGACUUUCGGAACAACAACGUGCAUGGCUACUCUUUUUAAUGGACUGUGGCUUCAACGUUGAGGUAUGCAAAGUGAGUCAUGCCCCAAUAUAGUGGUAGAAAUUUGCAUGGCAAGCCAUCCCAUAAGAAGAUAUGGGUUGGUUAAGAGUUACCAACAAUUUACGACACUCCAAGUAGAGAUGAUAUGAGUUAUACCUAGAUUGAGUCACAAUUUAGCUUACUACCCAGUUAUACAGAUCAAGCAUUUGAUUUGGCUGUAAAGAUGGGUACCUCCCAUGCCACAAUAUUUACCAUAAAGGAUAAAGAAAAGAAAAUUUUCAGAGCCAUUACUUUACACAUAAAGAGUUGCAUCAAGUGAAGGUUGGCACUUGGCAGAAGCAGUUAGUCCAGAAUUCAGAGGAAUCAAGACUGUAAAGUAGCAACCAUGAGAUUUGCUUGUUUUCACUGUGAACUGGCUAAUUGCCUCAAAUCUUCUAUCUAAUUCCGUUUUUCCUGUCGACUUUAUUCUUGUACAAGAAUGCUACCUUUUUUUAAUUGUAUUGCUUUUAUUGUAAUAUUUUACUUUGAGGUGAUCAUUGGUAUUACAGAGGUUAUCAAAGAUCUUUUAAUUCGUUGAA